AUGCUCGGUUGUCUGGUGCGUGGCUGGACCUGGUGCGUGGCUAUCGACAAGGCUAAGGCUUUUGACAAGGCUAAGUCUGCAUUAGCUGAUGCAGCUCUUCUUGCUCAUCCCGACCCUGAUGCCCCCAUUGCUCUGACAACCGACGCUUCAGACUUGGCAGUUGGAGCUGUGGUGGAGCAGCAGGUGUAUGGAGCUUGGCAGCCACUGGCGUUUUUCCGCCGCUCGAGGAGAGAACGCUUGUGGGGGGCCCGUAGCUCCUGUGUGACGUUUCAACAGGGUGGCCGCGCCCAGUGGUCCCCGCGGGUUGGCGGCGCCACGUUUUUGUUUCUGUGCACUCCCUCUCUCACCCGGGGGUGCGAGCAUCGGUUAAGCUGGCAGCUUUGUGCGCUGCACUCGUGGAUGAUUGUUGGAUGGAUCGUCUGCCGUGGGUUUUACCUGGAUGAGUCUUCUGCGGAGUUGGUGUUUGGUCAGCCACUUCGUGUCCCGGUGGAGUUUAUGGUGGAGUCGGCCUCCCCGGGUCCCGGCCAGGCAAUUGACCCGUUUUCCUCCGGCGACGUUUUAGCUCCUGCCCCUGUGCACCACUACAUUCCGCAUACAUUUGUGCCGUCAGCGCUUCAGUCUGUUGACUUUGUUUUUGUGCGUCGUGAUGCCCACCGCUCGCCCUUCCAGCCUCCAUAUGACGGCCUUUUCCGUGUGCUUGAGGGGUUCAAAGGGUUUUGUUUUGGAUUUGGGAGGGUGUAG